CUAGAUUUUUACCAAACAGAUCGAGACUCUAUAUAGAACACAGGCACAAGUACAGCACUUUAUAAUUCCCUUUUGCACGGGAAUUUGACCAGUCACUUCCUGGUCUCGGGCGCUGGCUUCGAUAAUCAGCGACCAAGGACCAGUGCGCGAACGGAACCGUCACUUCCUGGUCUCGAGUGCGGACUUCAAUUAUCAGCAACCGUGGCCAGGAUUCUCUCGAGGACCACCACGACAAUUCUGCACAUGGUUCGGAAUGUUUGAUAAGAAGCAAAUGAAUCUACAAGGUCAGCAUGGAACCGCAACACGGCGUUGAUCGUCAAACGCCGAAGGCGAUCUUCAACACAGCCAACUUCGAUCAUCAGCGACGGUGGCCAAGAUUCCCUCAAGGACCAGCGCGCGAACGGAACAGUCACUCCCUGGUCUCGAGUGCGGACUUCAAUUAUCAGCAACCGUGGCCAGGAUUCUCUCGAGGACCAGCGCGCGAACGGAACAGUCACUCCCUGGUCUCGAGUGCGGACUUCAAUUAUCAGCAACCGUGGCCAGGAUUCUCUCGAGGACCACCACGACAAUUCUGCACAUGGUUCGGAAUGUUUGAUAAGAAGCAAAUGAAUCUACAAGGUCAGCAUGGAACCGCAACACGGUGUUGAUUGUCAAACGCCGAAGGCGAUCUUCAACACAGCCAACUUCGAUCAUCAGCGACGGUGGCCAAGAUUCCCUCAAGGACCAGCGCGCGAACGGAACAGUCACUCCCUGGUCUCGAGCGUGGACUUCGAUCAUCAGCAAACGUGGCCAAGAUUCCUUCGAGGACCAGCGCGCGAACGGAACAGUCACUCCCUGGUCUCGAGUGCGGACUUCAAUUAUCAGCAACCGUGGCCAGGAUUCUCUCGAGGACCACCACGACAAUUCUGCACAUGGUUCGGAAUGUUUGAUAAGAAGCAAAUGAAUCUACAAGGUCAGCAUGGAACCGCAACACGGCGUUGAUCGUCAAACGCCGAAGGCGAUCUUCAACACAGCCAACUUCGAUCAUCAGCGACGGUGGCCAAGAUUCCUUCAAGGACCAGCGCGCGAACGGAACAGUCACUCCCUGGUCUCGAGCGUGGACUUCGAUCAUCAGCAAACGUGGCCAAGAUUCCUUCGAGGACCAGCGCGCGAACGGAACAGUCACUCCCUGGUCUCGAGUGCGGACUUCAAUUAUCAGCAACCGUGGCCAGGAUUCUCUCGAGGACCACCACGACAAUUCUGCACAUGGUUCGGAAUGUUUGAUAAGAAGCAAAUGAAUCUACAAGGUCAGCAUGGAACCGCAACACGGUGUUGAUUGUCAAACGCCGAAGGCGAUCUUCAACACAGCCAACUUCGAUCAUCAGCGACGGUGGCC